UAAUCACGAUGAACUAAAAGUUAAAAAAAUAUGAACAGAAUUGAAAGAACACGUUUAUAUAACAGAGCAGUUUUCAAAUAUUAACUCAACAAAAGGUUAAAGCUUCAUGACUAAACCAAGUCUCUUUAUAUUCUUUUCAUAUACAUACACAUAUAUAUAUACACAUAUACAUAUACAUAUAUAUAUAUAUAAGUAUAUAACGUCUCUUGUCACAAUAACUACUCUCACAGCUCUUUUGAUGAUCUUAACAUAAACACACACGCUCCUCUUCUUCUUCUUCUUCUUCAUUUAUUAUCAUCAUAUAUAUAUAUAUGUAUGUAUAUGUGUAUAUGAUGUUUAAUCAUUAUUAAUUACUCUCUUAUUAUACAGUUUCAUUUUGACUUUUCCGUUUACACAAACAGAACAGAGAGAAAAACAGAGAUCAUAAUGGAGUUCUUAUUAUUUGGUGUCGUUUUAGUAACUAUUUUGUGUCGUUUUGAAGUGGGGUUUUCUCUACAACAAGUUACUAGUACUAGUAAUAAGAUCAGCUUCAUUGGUUGGGAUGAUUUCAAGGUUGAUUUUCAGAAAAUGGGAAAUGAUAAUAACAAUGAUGAUGAUAAUAAAGGGAGGAGAAGCAGAGUUAUUGUCGUUGAUAAGAAUGGGAAUGGUGAUUCUUUAACUGUUCAAGGAGCUAUUGAUUUAGUUCCUGAUUACAAUUCUCAGAGAGUUAAGAUCUUCAUUCUUCCUGGGAUUUACAGAGAAAAAGUUUUGAUACCAAAUACAAAGCCAUAUAUAUCAUUGAUUGGGAAUCAAUCUCAAACAUCUGAGACUGUAAUUAGUUGGAAUGAUAAAGCUUCUGAUAGAGAUAAUAAUGGGUUUCAAUUAGGGACUUAUAGUUCAGCUUCAGUUUCUAUUGAAUCUGAUUACUUUUGUGCUACUGCCAUUACUUUCGAGAAUACAGUUAUUGCUGAUCCUGCUGGAUAUGGUAUGCAAGCAGUUGCAUUAAGAAUCAGUGGUGAUAAAGCUGUGUUUUAUAAAGUUAGAAUCUUGGGUACUCAAGAUACUCUUUUGGAUGAUACCGGAACACAUUAUUUCUACAAAUCCUACAUUCAGGGCAGUGUUGAUUUCGUCUUUGGAACAGCAAGAUCACUCUACAAGGAUUGUGUUCUACAAUCAACAGCAAAUUAUGCCGGAGCAGUUGCAGCACAUCACCGAAACUCGCCUCGAGAAAACACAGGCUUCUCUUUUGUGAACUGCAUGGUUAGAGGAACUGGAAAUAUUUACUUGGGAAGAGCUUGGGGAGACUAUUCAAGGAUUAUCUAUGCAUUUUGUUAUUUUGACAAGAUCAUAACUUCUCCUGGAUGGAGUGACUGGGAUAUCCCAUCAAGGCAAAAGACUGCUGAGUUUGGGGAAUAUCACUGCAGAGGAGCGGGAGCAGAUCGAAAAGGUCGAGUUCCAUGGAUGAAAUCCUUUAAUGAUGAACAGAUAAAGCCUUACAUAAGUACAAACUAUAUAGAUGGACAACAAUGGCUACGAUUGUAGUCUUUACUUUCUCUUCAACUCACCCCUUUUUUUUUGUAGAGAAAACUGACAAAUAUAGAGAUAUAUACAAACACUUGUAAGGUUUUUGAGUUUCAAAUUCAAAGAAGCAAAAUAGAGAACACAAAUGAUCUGAUAUCAUAUUAUAGAUUUCAA